AUGAAGAGAGCGGUGAACUCACGUCGAUCAGUUGCUGUCGGCCUGAAAACCUGCCAGAAAGAUCAGAUGAAACGACCUUCCGGUUUGUAUCACGACGAUCAAUUGGACAUUGAUUCGUUAGCAGGAGAUGAAGAACCGGAAUUCAAGAUCGGCAUUCCCGGGUCUCGAGCUCUUUUUGGAAAAACGACUCACCCAUUACGACGAAUCUUCUGGCUUUUGUUGACUCUUUUCUUCUUCGUUUUGGCUGUUGUCCAAGUUCAGGAUCGAAUCGACUAUUAUGUGAAGACGCCCACACGCAAAGACUUGGUCAUUAUUAACAAUGAUACUCUCGUCUUUCCUCGCGUGACUAUGUGUUUCGGACCAGGCAGAACUUUCAAUCAUUCAGCCAUGGAGGCAAUGCGUCAAAAUGCCUCGCUUGCAAUGGGAAUUAAUCAGAAUGAGGUCCAAAUGCCGUACGACCUUCUCUCGUUGACGAAACUGACAACCUUGUGGAACGAUAUCGGGCACGACAUCGGCGUCAUGUUCGAAACUGGAUCCUCAAAAUGUUGGUUCGGUCGCGGGAAACUGUGUAAGGAGGUUGGCGAAUGGCACCAGCUCCAUACCGUUCUAGGUCCGUGUUCUUCCUUCCACGUUCGACAUCCUGUUAAAGAGACUGGCCUCUUUAACGGCCUCUACAUGCUAAUGGAGACCAACGCACCAUCUGAUUCCUGGAUUUACUCUCUUCAUCCAGCCAACAUCGAUCCGGCAUUGAAGUUAUACGAUCAGAAACAUUACGAACUUCUUAAUACAAACACCGACGUUGAAAUCCGUUUCUAUCAGGAGAAGUUGAUAAACGUCUGGCACCAUUCAUGCGAAGACGCCGUGGACUACACGAUUGAGAACUGUGAACUUGAAUGCCUCAGUGAGCAACUAGUCCGCCGGUCUGGUUGCCGUCUGCCUUUCAUGCAAUUGGCCAAUUCAUCACAGUUCCACAGCAGAGAAACUAAUCCGAUGUGCAACACAUCGGGCUCUUAUCGCAUCGCUGACGAGGAACUGCGACGGAUGCUUAGUGGCGACGAUACUCUAGGGAGUCGAUCCAGAUGCAACUGCAAGCCUCCAUGCCACACUACUUAUUAUCAAAUUGAUAAAGAGAAAGUGAUAGCCGACAUCAGACCAGGACGUCUUCGAUUACGGAUCUUCUUUCAGGAUAAAACAUACGAAUAUCUCACGGAGAGUCUAGUCUACAGCCUGAUAACUCUCUUUUGCGACAUUGGCAAUUCAAUCGGCCUGCUGCUAGGAGCCAGUGUUUUGACGGUAUGCGAAACGUUGGAAUGGGGAUGUUUCCGGCUCAUCCAUUGUUUAAUGUCAGUGACGGCCGGUGCUGGACGAGCUAAUAAAUUACAAAAGGUCCAUCCUUGUCAAAUACCAGCAGCUGGUUAG